AUGUCGCAGCCCGUCGACACGCUCAAGCCCAAACCAGAGGCUUCUGCUGCUGAUGCGUCUUCAGCCCAGCCUUCUGCCUCUGACACCGACUACCUUUCCGCUGUUGAUGCUCAGCAAUAUGCAGGCAUGACAUCUCAGCCUACCUCGCCAGGCUAUGCUCACAGUGUCUUGUCACGAACCACCUCAAAUGGAAGCUACAACGAGCUUGACGAUGAAAGUUUCCCCCCGCUCGAUCGCCUUACUAUGUUCGACAUAAUCGAGAACCUCGCCUUGCCUCAAAGACUCGAGCGCUUUCAGCAUUCCAUUACUGCUCAGAAAGACAAGGUCCGCCGACAACAGCAGAAACUUAGGAUGUCUAGUAUCACAGCCAAGGACAAGAUGGUCGAAGAAUGGAGGCGGCGCAUCUCUACUCCUGAUGAGCAGCUGGACAAGUACAAGAAACGCAUGCGCGACAACGUCGACCGUCUCAGCAAGAAAUGGAACGAUGCCAAAGCUGUCACCUUGCGUGAGAAGAUCUCCUUCAUCACCGGUGUCCUCAACAUCUUCGUCUCUGGCUACCUCAUAGGCGCUCACCCUGAGUGGUUCCAUAUCUGGUAUACUGUACAGCUCGCCUACUUCAUGCCCAUCCGCUACUACAAGUACCACAAGAUUGGCUACCACUACUUCCUCGCCGACUUGUGUUAUUUUGUCAACCUCCUCAUGCUCCUAACCAUGUGGUUCUUCCCAGGAAGUAAGAGACUGUUCAUCAGCACAUAUUGUCUGGCCAUGGGAAACAAUGCUGUUGCCAUUGCCAUGUGGAGAAACUCGCUAGUCUUCCAUUCCUUGGACAAGGUCACCAGCCUGUUCAUCCAUAUCAUGCCGUGUGCGACCCUCCACUGUCUCGUUCAUCUAUUACCUCAAGACUUGCAGAAGGAGAAAUUCCCCGCUAUCUAUAGUAUAAAGUACUCCGCGCCGUCCUCUCCGGAACACUACACUCUGUGGGGUAUGAUUGUCUGGGCUACUGUACCUUACGCCUGUUGGCAGCUGAGCUACCACUUCUUGAUCACUGUCAGGCGUAAGGAUAAGAUCGCUGCUGGACGCCCAACCUCUUUCACUUGGCUUCGCAAAUCCUACGCGAAGAAUUUCCUCGGCAAAUUCGUGCUUUCGCUCCCCGAAGUUCUCCAAGGCCCAGCUUUCAUGUUGAUUCAGUACAUCUAUGCUCUCAUCACCAUGGUACCCUGCCCUUUGUGGUUCUAUUACCAUUGGGCCAGUGCUGCUUUCCUCACGGUCGUCUUCACCUGGGCCACCUACAAUGGUGCCACAUUCUACAUUGACGUUUUUGGCCGCCGCAUGGAGAAAGAGUUCGAAGCUCUCAAGAAGGAAGUCGCGAAGUGGCAAGCCACACCCGAAGGCAAGCAUAUCCUGGAUGAGUCGGAUCCCGCUCUGAAAGCAGUUAAGAGUAUGUCACUUGACACUCAGGAGCCUGCUCAACCUCAGUCUGAAAAUGCUGCGGGCAUUGAGUCGAAACAAGGCUCAACUUCAAUUGAAGAAGCUACGAAUACUGGAGAAGUUCGCCAGAGAUGA